UAUUGUAGAAAAUGAAUCUUUUGUUGGUGUUACCAUUUUUCCUGUGCAUUUCAUAUUGUCAUUCUGAAGUCCAUCUCGAAGAACUAAAGCCCAAAGAACUUGUGUUAUUGAAUGUGGCAGUGAAAGCGAGGCUACUUGAGAAGCUAUCUGAAGAAACUGACAAAAUCCAAUUUGAACGGAACGAGUUAGUCAACCGUCAUAAGGCAUGUCUACUAAAUAUUUCGUCUACAGCCAAAGCUUGCAAACAGUGUGUUGUAAACAAAUGUGAAAACAGAGGAAAGCAAUGUCAACUGUCAUCAACAGAUUUACAAAAAAUUAAAGAUGAAUUUGACAAUAAAGAAAUACCUGGAGUGGACUUUUUAAGCCCCCCAACUGUUGUUCAAGAGGAAAUACGAGAAAUAAAAGAAACCGCAGAAAAAAAUAUUAUGAAAGAUGUCCCGGUAGAUUUAAAGCCAAAAGGGGAAGAAAUAAUCGAAAAAAUGAAAAAAGGAAUGAAGGUAUUCCAUAAAAAUCUUGGUCAAGCUGUGAAUAAAUUACCCGAUUUAUUACCGAAAAUAGAACAAAACAUAGCAUCUAUGAGUUCACAGAUCGACAUCAAUGCUGUAGAAGACAUGGCAAAUCAGGCCGCUGGUCAGAUUUCAGAAACAAUGAAUGACCCAACAUUUAAUGGAAUACGAGCUCAUGUCGUUAACAGUAACAAUAUGCUGAAGCAAAAUUUACCAUCUAUCAUGAAGGCAAUGGGAAAUACAUUAUCAAAGUUAAAGUUAGCUGUUGGCAGAUUUGUUGGAGUUGUAAGGGUACAAGCAGGAACCGCAUGGAAACAAGCUGCCACAGAUUUGCCAAAUCGAACCAAUAUGGCUACAAAUAGUCAGCUUUCCAAUACCAAUAUGGGUAUGUUACCUCAACCAUUCAACUUAAACCAACAACAAGCUGUGAAUGGAGAGCAGGCAAUGUGGAGUUCUGGAGCACAGAAUCAACAAUCAAACAAUGUACAGUUUCCACAACAACAAAAUGGACAAUUUCAGCAAUCACCAGGUUUUUCCAACAUACAGCCUGCAAUGGCCCAAGGAAUGACAAACUGGCGGAAGAGGAGACAUGCCGAUGUACCAUGUGAUCAGAUAAAAGCUAGAUCUUACGAGGCAUGCCAUUCUUACCAUUUCUACUGUCCGUCUUGUAUGAACGAAAGGACUAUCUUAGAACAUGAUUGUGGUCGAGGAGCACUUGUUGCUAUGGUAGCCAUAAAGGAGUUAGAUCUACAAGCAGGAAACGAUGUAAUAAAAUACAGACAGUAUAUGGACAAUGAAGAAGUGAUUAAGAAGGUUCAUUAUGAUAAGAAAAGCCUGAAUCCAGAAAAUGGGAUGUACUCCAGAGCUUUUGUCACAGUUCAAAUUGGUGAAGAAAACAAGAUAUUCGGGACCUCCAUGCUUCCUGAUAUUCGGAACAUAAAACAUGCUGGAUUUAUACUAGGUGAUGAACUCUGGGAUAUCUUGCAGAGUAAUGAAGACUCUGCGUCAGUUCAUAUUGCACAAACUCCGGAAUUUCAUAAUGUUAAGGCAGAAUUUCUGAAAAGUGAAAAUACUAGUUCUUCUGCUGUUGUGUAUGGGACAGUCUGGGGAGUCGUUAUUAUGGUCAUGUAUAUGGGAAUAGUUGCUAUAUCUGUCAUGGUAUGACCUCUUCAUUCCAAGAUUGUCAUAUGUAUCCCCUAAUUGAAAAGACUAUUUGGCAUUAUAGUUAUAAACAGUAAAAGUUAAUGCGAUUUAUACAUGAUCGCAAUAAUAAUAUUUUGUAGUAAUCCGCUAGGCAAUUCCUUAAAAUAUUGUGUUUGUAAGUGCUGAUAGUUUAACCAUUGUAUUCCUUUAAUAUUUGGGCUUUCUGAAAUAGUGUGAUUGGUUGAUGAAUUCAACUUUUUAAAAAUAGAUUGUUUGUAGAAAAUUUUGAAAUCCUGGAACACCGUAAAGUUUAAUGCUAGUCUAGUUCUGAAUAGUUCUUUCAACGUUUUAUUAUAUUUAUCAGAACAUAUAUCAUCAGUCCCAUACGUUUGAUAAUACUUGGUAAUUAUUCUUUGAACAUUUAAAGACCACAGCAAAGCUGUUUAUAAAACACGAUCAAUAUCUUCUGGGAACAAUAACAUUAUAGGAUAAACACAUUUUUGUCAGGAGGUUAUUGAUGACUUCAUAUAGCAAAUCAUCUCACAAUUACGAAGUGUUCUUCAUACCUAUAUGUUCAAGUUUAAUGAUGUAACAUUUUUAUGAAAUUUUAUAUAUUUUUCAUUGAAAAAUGUUGUUUUUGGAAAGAUUUCUUGGAUAGUUUUUAAAAUAUAGACCUUUGAAUAUUGAGGUAUUUUGUUAGUAAAUUUCGAGUGGCCGCCAUCUUGUUCAAUAUGUAACCCCUUUUGCACGACUGGAGUGUUCUUCAAAACGAUAUGUCUCAGUUUAAUAAUUUAACAUUCUUUUAAAAUCUUCUAUUUUUUGUCAUGGUAAAUGGCUAUUAAUCAGAUUUAAAAAAAAAUUAAAUUACAAUGUACUUUGAAAUACGCAAAUAACUACUUUCUUCGUAUAUCAGAGAUUCGAAUUUAAGUUUAUUGUUGGGUGGUAGCUUUACACGGGAGGCGUAUGUAUUUAAUUAAAAUCAAUAGAGACGAGGCCCGUUAGUAUAGAAAGUCCCUGACUGGACCGCUGCCACAUAAAUGUCACAUAAAAGUCCCUUUGAACGUUUACUCAGUUUGUGAGUUUGGACUUUUUCUGUAAAGUUUUUAAGUCAGCGGCCCAGUUUACACAUCAACAACCUCUAGAAAAAUGUGUUUAAUUGUUAUAAUUCCCCACCAAAAUUUUUUUUUAUUAUAAUUUCAACUUUCAUGGAUUCCGUUCAUUUUUAUCGCACAUACAUGAACAUCACAGGAAAAUCCACAUAGUGUUUACAUAGGCUACGAAAGUAGUUGCGACAACAUGGUCUAUUGAGGUGUAAACCAAAUUUAACAAUAAUUCAAUAAUAUCAUUUUUUUAUCAAAACUAUGUGUUUUUGCAUUGUAAUAUGUAUUAGCAUUGGAUGUUUAUACUAAUGAUAUAAACAUGUUAUUGGUUACACUUAUAAUUGUAGUCAUCGUAAUGUAAUAUUUAAAGCCUCAUUUAUGUUUUCAUAUUCAAAAUGAUUUUAAAAUUCAAUAUUCAGUUAAACGAUAUUCUUUCUUUCUUUCUUUUUUUUUUAUAUUUUGGCUUUUUUUUAAUAUAUACCACUUUAGGUGCUUUUAAAAUUCCUAUACUCUUUUUAAAUUAAUGCAUUUUUAAAACUGUUAUUUGUCGUUUUGUAAAAUCUUUGAAAACCAUCAUUCUUCUAUGGUUUCACCAAAGAUAAUCAGAGUUUAUGAAUUCUAUUCUGGUAAUGUGCGACUUUGUCAACUUUUGCCUUGGCUUUCAAAUGUUUCUUUUUGUUUGAGCGUUCCUGAUGAAGGUAAAUCCAGAAAAACGCUUCGGACGCACAAAGUUAUUUAAGUGUUUUUUUUCAUUGUAAUUCUAGUAAUAUUUCAUUAGGUAUAGGUAAUAACGGUACCAAGUUUACUGCACCAGAGGCGUAUUUGUCUAAUAUUAUAUGUUUUACUCUUCUUUUAACCAUAUAACCUUAAAGCUAGAGUUUUUGAUAAAAUUUAUUAUCAAUUGUAUAUAUGAGCUAAUAUAAAGCAACUGCAUUUAUUUUUGUUCAAAAGAAAGAAAUAAUGAUGAUUUCAGAGCAAUAGAAAUACGUUAUUAUUGCAACUUUUUUCAUGGAUUUAUAAUACGAUAUUGUCAUUUUAAUCAAAAUGGGAAGCUUGAUUUGGCAAAUCUAUUUAUAACAACAGAGGAUUAUCAUUAACUUAAGGUGUUUUGGUGCCUUCAAUUUCAUGUAUAAUUUGAAAACAUGAUUUAUGUGAAAUAUAUGUUUUUCUGUACAUUUUCCGAAAGAAAUUCUCUAACAAAUUCUUUAUGAUUUUGAAAUCCAAAUAAAAUGUUCAUUAUGAA